AAUCAACAUCCGUCUGUCACUUCACGUCGCUGCUCCAACAACUACACGAUCGACACGUUCGUCCGGUAACGCGCAUCCAAAGCCCUCUGCGGCGAGUGUUCGCACCACCAACCCCCACGCCGACAAAGACCCGCACCACUGCACCACUGCACCAUCGUCGCGCCUUCCACCAUGGUCCUCUCUAUCCGUUCCAGCGUGGACAGCAUAUCGAGUCGGCUGAGUGGCGAGAAGCCCCUGCCUCGACCAACCUACUACUGCCAGAUGAACCCCCAGGAGCAGGCCAUAUGGGCUAUUAUCGGCGAGGAAAAGUACGACUACAUACGCGACACCAAAGGCCGUGUACACAGGCACCGCCUCACCUACGUUGAGCGCGCUCAGCGCCAGCGUGCAUUCUACGACUCGCGUGUUGGCCAUGCCAUUGUCGGCGACGAGUGGAUGCGAAUGAAGCUGCCAGCUCGCCGUGUCCGCUAGCACCCACUCACGCACGACGGACUGCCAUGCUAAACUAGCGCGUCUCACCCAUCAUGUACCGGCACAUGCCCGGCAUAUGUGCACUCGGCCUGCGACAUGGCCGUCGUAGUCUUUUUACGAUUUUCUUUUUGUUUUGAGCGAGUGGCCACAAUUUAGGAUGACGCCAAGGUCUUUAGGUCACCGUCUCUAUCGUGUUAGAUUUACGACCUUGGCGCGUGGGAAGAUACCCGGCAUUCAGAACGGAGUUUACAUUUCCUUUGUCUCAUUGUUGUCUUCAUUUUGAAGCCCGUCUUUACUUGCCCUUGGCUUGGAAGACAUACUUAUUAAUACAAAUGCGCACAUUGCUC